UUGAACCUACGUACAGAAGAAAACUAUCCGGUAGGAACGCCUUCUUCCAUGAAUGUCAGCUCAAUUGCCCAAUGAGAGCACAGAGCAAGACAGCAGUUCCUGUUUCAGUGGGUAUGUUAGCCUAAGCAGCGAGAGGGAUCCUGUCGAAACAAGGCAUUGUGUGUGAGGGUCCCGUCUUCUGAUGCUACCUGGACUUCCACAGAGACCGGGCCUGCUGUGGAAUUCCCACCCCUCAGAAAGAACGACAGCUGGGACAGAGAACAGACAGCAACGUCCACAUACAGGAGAAAUAAUAGCUUGGAAGUUCAUAGAGGUGGACUGGAAGAGAAGGGACAGUCCUGAAUGUGUAGUACAGUAGAAGCACCAUCUAUGUCAGAGAGUAACAGGGUGAUAGCUGCUUUUCUGUAAUGUCCAUCCACAUCCACCUGGGCAAGAUUGAAUCAGUGUUGUCAACCCAAUGCCACAUCUCAAUUGUUGCUCAGUAAACAUGAGCGUGGUAUCUCUACCCAAAGGAAAGUCGGCCAGUAACCCCAUACACUGGAAACGGCAUCAUGCAAUGUGAUUGGUUUUGUUACAAACGCUAAAGAAUUUCAGAGCCAGCAUUCACUAAAACAGUGAUUUGCAACAUUUGGAGAGAGCAAAUCUAAAGUAUUUUUAUUUAUUUUUUUACCUUGGAAAUUAACAGUUUACAACCUUUAGAUUUUUGUUCCAAGAGAUUGGUCUGAUUACCUCUGGAAUCAUGGCGGCCACUGGUUAUGGAUACUAUCGUAUGGUUAUCUUCUUCUCCAUGUUUACUGGCUACUCCCUGUACUACUUCAACAGGAAGACCUUCUCUUUUGUCAUGCCCUCUGUGAUGGAGGAGAUUAAACUGGACAAGGAUGACUUGGGCCUGAUCACCAGUAGUCAGACCAUGGCCUAUGCCAUCAGUAAGUUCAUCAGUGGUGUAUUGUCCGACCAGAUCAGCGCUCGCUGGCUCUUCUCCAUUGGCCUCUUGGUGGUGGGGGGCAUCAACGUGAUCUUCUCAUGGUCUUCCACUGUGACUGUGUUUUCUGCUCUGUGGUUUGUCAACGGUCUGGGCCAGGGCUUAGGCUGGCCACCAUGUGGGAAGGUGCUGCGCAAGUGGUUUGAGCCGUCUCAGUUUGGGACAUGGUGGGCAGUGCUGUCCUGCAGCAUGAACCUGGCCGGUGGAUUGGGUCCUCUCCUGGCUAUGGUAUUGCUUCAGUACUACGACUGGAGGACUAUCCUGUCCAUGUCAGGCAUCAUCUGUGCAUCCUUUUCUGUCAUCUGCCUGGUGUUUAUAAAGAACGAACCCAAAGACGUGGGCCUGCCCAGCAUUGAGGCCUCAGCCAAGAAAGGAGUAGCCAACUGUGACAGUACUCUGAGUGAGUUCCUGCUGUCUCCAUACCUGUGGGUGCUGUCCCUAGGCUACCUGGUAGUGUUCGGGGUGAAGACGGCAUGCACUGACUGGGGCCAGCUCUAUCUCAUUCAGGAUAAGGGCCAGACUGUCCUCAUAGGCAGUUCCUACAUGAGUGCCUUGGAGGUUGGAGGUCUGGUGGGCAGCCUCGCAGCUGGCUUCCUGUCUGACAGGGCUGUUGCUAGGCAAGGUUUGGGUACCCAUGGUAACCCUCGCCAUGUCCUCCUCCUCUCCAUGAUGGCUGGCAUGUUUUUGUCCCUAUACCUGUUCCGUGUCACUAUCACAGCUGAGGCCCUAAAGGAAGCUCCCGUCUGGGUAGUGGCCCUUCAUCCUCUCUCUGUCCUUAUUGGCCUGUCAGAGAAAGAGAUCUGGAUACUUUCCCUGGGUGCUAUGUUUGGAUUCUCCUCUUAUGGACCCAUUGCAUUGUUUGGUGUGAUAGCCAAUGAAAGUGCUCCAGCAAACUAUUGUGGGUCCUCCCAUGCCAUCGUAGCUCUCAUGGCCAAUGUUGGGGCUUUCUUUGCGGGACUCCCCUUCAGCACCAUCGCUAAAUACUACAGCUGGGACAUGGCCUUCUGGGUAGCUGAAGUGACCAUUGCCGUGACGACAGUCAUCUUCUUUCUGUUCCGUAACAUUCGCACCAAAAUGGGCCACAUCCCCCAGAAAAUGGAUUGAUUGAUCUCUGCAUCUCCUGAGCUAUGCACAGGUUCCUGCUGUGUGACUGGGUGAAUAUUCUACAGCAAGGGUUGUUGGACUGGCUGCACAUUACAUAGCCCCUAAAGUACACCUCCUAUCCCUGGAAACGCAACACUGUGUCAAAGUGAUCUCACCUCGAGACGUUUUAGAUGUUAGCAACCAUGUUUUCUAAAAGGAUACUUUGCUACAAUUUAGUUUGUCAUUUAAUACACCGUCAAACUCCUCACAAGCCGUACAGUUCUAAGCACCUAUGGAAUCUACACCUUCGGCAUCCACUCACAGUAAUGACUUCUAAAAGUAUAGUAUAUCAUGUAGGCUUAAGUCCUAAAUUUUGAAUAAUCUGUUCUCUUACCACUUAUUUAGUCGGUAUAAUAACUAACAUUAUUUGAAGCAUGUUGUUGAUACACAGUGACUCUGCUGUCCAUUGCAUAGAUUGCCUUCAGUGGAUGCCAAAUGUCUUGAAGAUCCCGAAUGCUUCAUUGAUGAGCCAGCAUUAAAACUAUGUAUGUAUAGAAAUUUGCACAAAACGGUAAUGUUUGACGAUGACAGUAGUAUUUCCCUUUCACUAAUUCUUCAUUUAUAAAAUAAUGUUCAGUCAGGAAAAUAGAUACUUUACGACAAACACGACAUCUAUUUUUGAUGACAUACUGGCUUUACUAAAUGGACUUUUAAAGUUUAGAGAUCUUAGCUAGUUGUCUAUGAAAAUAUUUAAAUGCAUCAACCUAAAAGGGAUAGUUCAGGAUUUUGGCAUUGAGGCCCUUUAUCUACUUCCCCAGAGUCAGAUGAACAUUUUCAUGUAUCUACGUGCAGUUUGAAGGAAAUUGCUAACUUAAGGUGAUGUAGCUGUGUGAAAAAAUGUAUAAUCAAUGGGGGUGAAAAAUAUUUAGGCUAACUAUAAUUUUUUUUCGCUAUUGUUGUUUCAAAUACUGUUAUUAUUACACAGAAAUUGAUUUCCCCUACACAUUUUUCAACAUACAGUGGGGCAAAAAAGUACUUAGUCAGCCACCAAUUGUGCAAGUUAUCCCACUUAAAAAGAUGAGAGGCCUGUAAUUGUCAUCAUAGGUACACUUCAACUAUGACAGACAAAAUGCGAGAAAAAAAUCCAGAAAAUCACAUUGUAGGAUUUUUAAUGAAUUUAUUUGCAAAUUAUGGUGGAAAAUAAGUAUUUUCCAGAAAUCUUGCUUGUUUGUAGGUGACCAAAUACUUAUUUUCCACCAUAAUUUGCAAAUAAAUUCAUAAAAAAUGCUACAAUGUGAUUUUCUGGAUUUUUUUUCUGAUUUUGUCUGUCAUAGUUGAAGUGUACCUAUGAUGAAAAUUACAGGCCUCUCUCAUCUUUUUAAGUGGGAGAACUUGCACAAUUGGUGGCUGACUAAAUACUUUUUUGCCCCACUGUAUAGUAAUUUCAGAAUCACCCAAGUUCUGUAGCCUAUGCUGUUGCGGAUGCAACACUUUCUGGCUGUGGGCUAACCUGGGACAUUUCCGGAUUGCCAAAAUCCCGAUUCCCGAACUAUCCCUUUAAUAAUGUGAAGUCUUGAAAGCAUUAAAGUAUGCACACAGUCCAAGUGUUUGUCACAGGAUACUGUUUUGUCACUACAGGUUUUGUUAUUAGACAAUGUGGUCACAGAGGCUGGGUUUACACAGGUAUACUAAUUCUGAUCUUUUCCCCAAUUAUUGGUAGAAGAGCUGAUCUGAUUUGUGAAAAAAUAUCAGAAUUAGAUUUCUGAGCCUGGUCCCAUACUGUAUGAGCUGUGGCCAACUCUUCUAUGUUUGCAUUUACACAGGCAGCUCAAUUCUGAUGUUUAUUUCUUCACUAAUUAGUCUCUGAAAUAGAUCAGAUAUUGUUUUAUAGCUGAUUUGAUUGGUCAAAAGACCAAUUAGUUGGGGGGAAAAAUAUCUGAAAUGGGCUGCCUGUGUAAAUGCAGCCAAAGAGGCUGGAACACCAGGCUCGCAUCAUCCUGAUAUUCUCACCAAAGUAUGAAAUGUUGCGUUUAUACACAGGUAGCGUAAUUCUGAUCUUUUGCCCAAUUAUUGGCAAAAUAGCUGAUCUGAUUGGUCAAAAUACCAAUUAGUGAAAUAAAAAAUCAGAAUUGGGCUGUCUGUGUCAACACAUCCAAUGGUUACAUUCCCCUGCUCAGACGUUGCAUGCAUCAAGCAAUGGUUUCAUUCCACGUCAUCGACUGUCAUUGACUGACAGAUUGCUAUAACAUAUGAUGUGGUUAGCUGAUACUUUAAAUACCUAUUCAGGCUCUGUAAGAUCUGGCAUGCAUCAGCAACGCCUGGGCUGAGCAAUGCGCCCAAUGGUUGCGUUUACACAGGCAGCCUUAUUCUGAUCUUUUGCCAAUAAUAUGUCUUUCGGCCAAUCAGCUCAGCUCUUUAUCCAUUAUUUAUAGUAAUACUGUGAAAUUGUGAAAAUUAUGAUAAUGCCAUUUUUUUGUGUAAGAGCUGUUUUGGUGGAAUGGAGUUUUGGCCUUCUUGGUGUUAUCACCAGGCGGUAAAUUAGUUAAUAGACCAAGAGUUACAGACAUCUUGGCUAAUAACCUCUACAUUGACAGUUUUCCCCUCUCAGACAGUCUUAGCUAAAUUCUUACUUGAGAAAUUGCUCUUUGCUAAGAAGCUAUUUUUGUUUGUUUUAAAAUGGUAAACAAAUAAUCACAGAAAGGUACUUGUACCCAGAAAUGAUUUGAUAUUUGGAUAAAAAUGGCUGCAUUGGACCUUUUCACAAGCAGUUUAUAACUGAAAAAUAUUUAUCUCACUAUUCUGUGCCACUCAGGCAUAUUUGUCUAACUGGAAUUAUUGAAAUGAUAAGGAAAACUAAUAAAGAGCAAUGAAUGUA